AUGACGACGUCUAGUAGAAUAUUCUUGCAGAACCGAGCGCUAGGUGAGUUAAACAUUUAUAUUAUUCGUUUAGAUUUUAAUCCCGUAGAAUGCUCUUUUGAUUACUAUUUAAGUAGGUACGUGACUCAUGAUUUUCUACUCCAAAAAACUCUUAAACAAAGUCUUUUUUCGUUAUACACAACAUAAAGUCUUCGCCGAUGAUGACUUACACACAGAUUUUUAUACAAAUAAUAAAACUUUUGUGUAUUAAUUUUUUCUUAAAAAUUACCACAUAAAAUGAUAUUUUUGGAAUUUGAACGAGUAUGAUUAUUGUGUAUAAAAAAUAAUUAUUCUUCAAUUUAUUAAUUAUUUGCCCAUUUAUUGUUUAAACAUGUAUAAUAGUUCUAUUUACAUAUUUCAAUUAUAUUAAUAUCUUAAUUAAAUUGCUAUAUAUAAUAUUUAUUAUGUACUUAUUACACAUUUUAUAGUUAAAUGUAUUGUUGACUAUAUGUUUUUUAGAUUAUAAAACAUAAUAUUAUAAACAAUGCAUUUUUAUAGUCAAAUAUAUUAUAUACCUGUUCAUGAUAACUUUGGGAAAAAACUGGGCUUAUUAACUGGAAAUAUCUUUUAUCCAGCCUUUUUUUUUAUCAGAAUUAUAUUCUAUUUUAUACUUCUUAUUUUCAAAAAUAAAUAAAUUUUGUAUCCGUUUAUUAUACUCGUUAUCUAAAUUUAUUAAAUGUUGUUUUUUUUUUUUCUUACAGGUUUUGUGAGUAAUGAAAUUCCCCUUGUUACUCGUUAUAUAAACCUUAGACGGGAAAAUCUUAUAAUCACUUGUGUUGGACGCGCCUUUCAUACAUACAGUUCAGAUAGAUUUCAACUUCUUUCUGUAAGUCCUCAACAUGACACUGACAUCACGUGUUUGGCUGCAGACAGUUAUCUUGUAUAUACAAGUUGUGGAAAACAAAUAUACGCAUGGCGUCGUGGUGUUGAACUUAAACACACCUAUAGAGGCCAUAAAUCGGAUGUCAAAUUACUGUUUCCAUUCGCUGUAAAUUUAGUAUCUAUUGAUGAUUCGAGAAUCCUUAAAGUUUGGGACGUUAAGACUGAGACUAUACACAAAGAAAUUGUUUUGAACAUCACAGCAACUGCUAUAUGCCAUCCGCCCACUUAUACAAACAAAAUACUAAUCGGUUCAGUUGAAGGAAAGUUACAAUUAUGGAACAUAAAUACAGGGGUGAUGAUACAUGAAUUCACAGGUUGGAAUUGUCGCGUUACUAGUUUAGAACCAGCCCCAGCCGAAGAUAUGGUUGCUAUAGGGUUGGAAAAUGGCAAAAUAAUUUUGUACAAUUUAAAAUAUGGAAUAAAUAAAUUGUCUUUUGUGCAAGAUUGGGGAUCAGUUACACGUAUAAGUUUUCUUAUUAAACGACAACUUAUGAUAACAGGGAGUCCAAAAGGUACUAUUGUAGUAUGGAAUCUUGAAGAAGGUAAAGUUGAUAGUUUAAUUAUAAAAGCUCAUUUUGGAUCCAUAUGCGGUCUUCAGUGUUUACCAGAUGAACCACUUUUUGUAACGUCAUCCUCUGAUAAUUCUCUUAAAAUGUGGCGUUUUGAUAUGUCUGAUGGUUCAGCAAGCCUAUUUAAAAUCCGCGAAGGACAUUUCAAGCCUCCAGUUGCUAUUCGUUUUCAUGGAGGAAGUGGUGCAAAUAUUUUGAGUGCUGGAAAUGAUUCAUCCUUACGAGUUUUCAACACUGUCACUGAAAUUGCAAAUAAAAGUUUUGGUCGGGCAUCAUAUAAUCGUAAAAUUUCUAAAAAACGUGGAAAUAAAUGGGCAGAUCCUCUAAUCAUGCCACCUAUAUCCGCAUUUACCUCAGAAACUACCAGAGAAAAGGAAUGGGAUAAUAUUAUAGCUAUCCAUAAAGAUAUACCAAUAGUAACAACAUGGUCAUUUAAUAACAGUAAAAUGGGAGAGCAUAAGUUAUGUCACGAAAGAUUUAAAAAAAAUGUCAGUGGACAAAAAAGUAUUACAGCUACUUGUGCAUUUUUAACACAUUGUGGUAAUUUUGCAGUCAUCGGUUACAGUUCUGGUCAUAUAGACAAAUUUAAUGUACAGUCAGGUCUGCAUAGAGGAACUUAUGGUAAACCAAUCGCUCAUAAAUUUGUACGAGGUGUUUAUGUUAAUACACUCAAUCAAAUAAUGGUAUCAGGGGGAUCAGAUACAUUUCUACAGUUUUGGCAUUUUAAAAAAUUAAGUAUGUUUAAAGAAAAUAUAUUUUAUUUUGACUGUUAUUUUAACUGUUAUUUUAUUUUACAGAUUUAUUGUUAAAAUUAAAGUUGGAUGAUACUGUAUCAUUCUUUAACUGGCAUGCAGAAAACUCAUUUCUAGCAGUUGCUUUGGACAACUUUGAUAUAAACAUAAUUGAUACAGAUACACAUAUUGUUAUAAGAAAGUUUAAUGGACAUUUAGGCCCACUAACUGAUAUAACAUUCAGUCCAGAUUCUAGAUGGAUAGUUUCAGCUGCCAUGGAUUUGACUAUUCGUACAUGGGAUAUUCCUUCAGCAUCAAUAAUUGACAUACUUAAAGUAAGCUAUUUAAAACACAUUAUUAUUUUAACAUACAUAUUAACACAUUUUAUUUAAAACUAUUAGGUUGAUACACCAUGUGUUUCAUUAACAUUUUCUCCGACUGGUAAUUAUUUAGCUACAGCACAUGCUGAUAAAUUGGGAAUUUAUCUAUGGUUUAACAAAGCACUAUACACACAUAUUAGUUUACGUCCAGUCACAGAAGCUCAGACACCAGAAUCUCUUCCAUUAACAGGAGUGAAUCCAGAGUCUAUUGAAUGUCCAAUAGAGGAUGAAAGUGAUGAAUAUAUUUCUAAAAAACAAAUUGAUAAUAUGAUUACUAUGAGCACCCUAGAUGAAGCAAGGUGGCAAAGCAUAUUGAAUCUGGACACUAUUAAAAACCGAAAUAAACCAUUGCAACCUCCUAAAAUUUCUGAUACUGCUCCAUUUUUUAUCCCGACUAUAGCAUCAGUAGACUUCAGAUUUGAUUUAGAAAGUGCUCUCAGAAAUGAUGAUUCUAAUAUUAAAUCUUUUCCUGAAACAUUGAUGCAAACUGUUUUUGCUCAACAGCUAUUGAAAGCUGAGAACUUAAAAGAUUAUCAAGCUUUAUUUAAUCAAUUAAAAUGUAUGGGACCAUCAGCUUUGAACUAUGAAGUACGGUGUUUGUCACCAGAAGCUGGUGGAACUUAUGAAUUAAUGAUGAAAUUUUUGGAAUUGUUAAAACAAGUAUCUGAAAAUAAUAUAGAUUUUGAAUUAUCACAAUCAUAUUUGGGUGUUUUUUUAAAACACAAUGGAUGUGCAUUAGCCCAACGACCAGACGCAAUAAACAUUUUGGAUCAAAUAUCAAAACAUAAUCCCUGGGAAGAGUUAGAAAAAGAUUUUUUUUUGUGUCUUAGUAUUGUUGAUUAUAUGAAAAAUAAUUGA